AUGGUGUUUAUUCUACAGGAUUUCAUUGAGACUCCCUCUCUGGAAAUCCUUGACCGGUGUCGCAAAGACGACCUUUUGUGCAUUGCGGCUCACUUUGGUGUUUCUGUCCAGAAACAGAGCCUUAAGAGAGAGAUUAAGCGGGUACUCAUUGAGGGGCUGAUCACUCUCGGAAUCCUGUCUCCCAACCCCAGUGACCCGCAUGGUGAAGUGGCUUCGGAGGGGUUUGAGGACGACCAAAAGGAUGUCCUUUCUGAACAGGAUGUGGUGACGGAGGUCACUCCAGUACGAGUAAGGGAGGUGGCGAACCCUCCGGGAACCCUCCCUCGUUUUGAGCCUUUCUCUCCAGAUGCGGGGGUGAGUGGUGUGUCUCCGCCUGGGACCGGACAAGGCCAAGCCAGUUCCACAGCCAAGAUUAAGCUUCGCCUGGCUCGUCUUCAGCUUGAGACAGAGGAGAAGGUGCGUAAGGCAGACUACGAGCUCAAGUUGCAGGGUGGCCCGUCCUAUGACUCCUGGUCCAGACAGGAGUGGAUCCUCGGAAAGGACCAAACUCACAAGGUCUCCCCCACGACAGGAGCGGGCAUCGACUUCAUAUUGGGCAACGAUUUAGCAGGCAGUAAAGUGGUCCCUGUUCCACAGUUGGUUGAGCGCACUGAGCAGAGCACUGAGCUUGAGUCCCCAAACGUAUUUCCAGCAUGCGCUGUGACCAGGUCCCAAUCUAAGAACACUGUUGACCUGUCCGACAGUUUCAUGGCUACUGAAGAGUUUUUCCAAGCGAAACCAGAUGUCACAUCAAGGACUCCAGCUGCUCUGGAUGCGAUCCCGCUACCAGCCACAAGAGCGGCGUUCAUCACAGCCCAGAAAGGUGACUCGUCACUUUCAAAAUGUUUCUCUGUUGUUGAACAGGAAGGGAGCAGAGCCAACAAAGUGGGAUACCUUAUGGACGAGGGACUACUCAUGCGCCGCUGGAGCAGCGAUGUCACCAGCACGGGGGAUGAAAAAGUUCUGUAUCAAGUUGUGGUGCCCAAAGUCUAUCGUGCCCAGGUACUGUCCUUAGCCCAUGACAAUCCGUGGGGUGAGUACGGAGUCAGAGGAUGGCCUGCUCAUGAAAAGCGCUACACCCCAGGGGGCUAG